CCUAAUGAAAACCAAAUUUCUUAAACGCGGCUAAAUUUUGGCAAGAAGCAAGCCCCCGGAUCCCCCAACCCACACUCCGCUCACCGCGCACUGCCCACACUGGCUGUCGGUGCGGCAAGCACAGGGCGGUUCGCCUCGGUGCGUGCAGGCCACGCGGCGACGGGACGAGAGUGACGGCGGCAACGGGGAACCGGUCGACCGAGGGGAGGGAGGCUCGCAGGUGGAGCCGGCAGCUUCCCAGCGGGCCAAGGGCGAAUCACCUGUGAAUCAUUCGUUUGUCGUGUACAAACAUGGGAACUGUGUUGCUUACUAUAUUGUUUGUUAUCCAUAUAUGUAUCUAGGCCAAGCUGUACAUCCGGCUGAAGGAAUCCGUGGUUUUUAAGAUGAAGUCUAAGACUGAUGGGAGUAUACAGAAGACAGGAAAAGCUAAUCAUGUCCAAGGAGUAGGACCAAACUGGGUUCUUGUUGCAGGAGGAGUUUUGCUUAGCACACUUUCAGUCAGACUUGGGAGCAGAUUGAAGCAACUGUUUAUUACCAAGCAGCAAAAUAAUACUUCCAAAGCCAAAAGAAGGCCUGGAGCAUGUGAACUACACUCCAAUCUCUGCGGGUUUAGUAACCAAACUAGCUGCUACUGUCGUAUGUCAGGGCAUGCAGAUGGUGGGGUGGAAGUCAAGCAAGCACCUUCAAGUCCUAUAUCCAAAUCAGCUGAACCCUCCAAUCUUCUUGUGAAGAUACCAGGACCAGAAUCGAGCAAAGAGAACAGUGGUGUCAUGUGGUCAUCAUCGCCUGACCGGUUUGAAGAUCCUCGUAAACCAUUUCAGUACUCAAACUGUUCAGGCUCUCCCUCCAUUUCAGAAUCAGGAUCUGACAUUUAUAGCAAGAGAGAGGUCAUACAGAAGCUGAGGCAGCAGCUCAAGAGACGUGAUGAGAUGAUCAUGGAGAUGCAAGCUCGGAUCGUGGAUCUUAAGAACUCUCUCACCAUCCAGGUGACACAUAACACCAAUUUGCAGUCUCAACUGGAUGCCACUAACCGAGAUAUGUUUGAAUCUGAGGGAGAGAUUCAACAUCUAAGGAAGAUCAUUGCAGAUCAUUGUGUUGCAGAAGCACUCUUGCAUGAUAAGCCUUUUCAAGCUGGACAGUGGCAAUCAAAUGGCACCAAUGGGCAUGUUAAUGGUUAUUCUGACAGCAGUGUUGAUGACCCUGAGUUGCAUUGUAGUGGUAUAGAGAAGUGGAAAGGAGAGGUAGAGAGGGUGGAGAUGCUAAAGAGAGAGGCCGGUGAACUGAAGGAAGUUAUCGAAGGAAAGGACUUCCUGCUUCAGAGCUACAAGGAGCAGAAGGUCGAGCUCUGCUCCAAGAUCAGAGAAUUGCAGGAAAAGCUCUCAGCACAAGUACCGAACAUCUUGUAGUACUCAUAGUGCUACCUUGCUACACUGACCGAAAGGUCUGAUCCAAUGUCCAGGGAUUUGCAGAAAAAGCUCUUGGCAGUCGGCACACAUCUCCAACAUCUUGCUAGGAUCUUUGCAGAAUGUUAGGUUGAUUGGGUUUCUCCGGGUUUUUUUAAGUCAUGAUAUCAAGUUGAUUUGCUUUCUCUUCUGUUUUGCCCUUUCCUGCCUGGUGUUAGAAAGAAGGGCUUCUUCUUCAUUCAUUUCCUAGACCUAGGUAGUUCAAUCAAUGGUGACCUUGAUACCUAAGGUAUUGUACAGGUUUUCAAUUUGCAGUCGAAUUGUGUCUUGUCUGCCUCCUCUUUUGGCUCAAUAUGGUUUAGAGGAGUGCCCUUUGGAAUGGAUGCGAUAAUGUCAUCUCUACAUUUUAGCGUU